UUCUCAACAGCUUGAAAAGUUUCUGGUUCAUAAUAGCUCCAGACUUUAAAAGUUAGUGUCGCACUUGUGUUUCUUUCAAAUUAUGGAAGAAAUACGCGGAUUUUGUCGCAGAGCGACCGACGUGAGCACCUCGGAAUCGGGCAAUAACUGAAAUGUGUGUCGUCCGGUCGUCCGCUGCGCCCCACUCGGCGCACUACAUUUCUUCCAACAUCUAAGACUUACCCGCACUGUAUUUUGGCCUCCCGAGUCGACGAUCCGUCGUCUGCUUUGAGAGGUUAAGUGAGUGUCUUCACUUGACGUUGCUGCCCUUUUUACCGCAAUUUCCUCAACCGUCAGUUCAUGAAUUCUUCUGAGAUUGUACGGCAUCAUAAAAUAGUAUCUGUAGCACACUGCCAAUCUCUUGACAUCUUUCUUCUACUUCUUCUUUUUACAAGUAACAAGAGAUUUAAUGACAAUCAGUCAAGUUUAUUUCAGAUUGCCUCGUAAACCUCAGUGAAAUUACUGUGCGCACUAAAUCUGUCAAAACGAGUUCUUGCCGCAGAAAGAAAUGAUCUUAAAGGAGAGAAUAUUUGAGACCAGAAGCUCGCAGCUCCUGGCCCCGCCCAGUCCCACCAUGAUGGCCGAGGAGGGAAGACAAGGAGGGGAAGGACAGGCAGGAGAAUUUGUUCAGCCAGCUUCUUAUCAAUCGCCUUCUAUUCAAACUUCUACACAAUCUUUGGAACUAGGAACAUCGUCAAUAGAUAAUCUGACAUUCACAAAAUCAAAGAUAAGAUCAGAUGAAGAGCGUCUCUUGGUUGUGAAAGGCUAUCGAAGCACUUUGCGUCUGUCAUUUUUGCUGGUUGUGCUAUCGGCAUCGUUAGUUGCUGCCAUUCUUCUCGCUGUCUUUUGGACAAGCAGACAUGAGGCGCCUUUUGAUGUGAGUGAGAUGACCUCUUUCUUUCAUUCUGCUUUCAUGGAUAAAAAGUUUUCAUGCUUAAAAGUAUGGUUGUUUGAAGUAAUCCGCAAACAUCUAGAGAUCUGUCAUGGGAAUUAAUUCUGAAGUCAUUAUCUCUGUUUGCCCUGCUUAAAGUGUUAAUGCCACGAAGGUUUCAAGGUGGUAAAAAAGACGAGAAAAAAGUUUAUAUUGACAAAACUACUCUUCCAAAUUAAAAUAAUUUAAUUUUAGGAUACAACCCAUGACGUAAUUUUACCUGAGUGAUUAAAUAAGAUCCAUGUUCAAUCAAAAAA